AUGUGCAUCGUGACAGAGUUGUGCCAUAAUUAUGCAAAACGAUAUCCCCAUAAGUUCGUAAGCAUAGGACAUCCUUCAUCAGUCAUUUUGGUAAUGUUUUACAUAACGCCCAUCAUUUUCAAUGGCCUGUUGUACAAAAUCAGCUGGGUAGUGGCUACCUUCAUAACGUACAAUAUCCUGGGAAAUAUGCUUUUCUGUUAUUCCACAAACACGUCGGUGGAAUGUCUGCCCAAGGAUCGUCAACUUCCGGUGCCUGGAGAGGAGAACCUCUGGCAUUAUUGCGAAAUCUGUCAAAAGCUAAUGCCGCCUCGAUCCUGGCAUUGUGCAUUGUGUAGAUGCUGCAUUUUAAAAAGGGACCACCACUGCAUCUUUGCGGCCACCUGUAUUGGACACAAUAAUCACCGAUAUUUCUUCUGGUUCACAUUCUAUUUGACAAUUGGGACCGCCUUGAGCCUAGCUACCUCAUUAAUUUAUGCGGUAAUGAGUGGCAGCUUUUUACCCUGGUUAAUUAUUAAGGAUUCAAUCGAAAUUAAAGGCAUUUUCAGUAGCUACUGUCAGUAUCUUAUUUUCAUUCUUAACAAUUUGGCCUGCGGUGUCCCUGCAAUUAUGUUGGCAUUUCAAAUACAGAUUAUUUAUCUAAAUGCUUCGUACUAUGAAAUAAAUAAUCGCUCUUAUAAUCUGGGAUUCCGAAAGAACUGCAAACUUAUUAUGGGUCAACGAGGCCUCUGGACUUUUUUAUCACCCUCGUUGAAAAGUCCUUUGCCACACGAUGGAACCCAAUGGCAGAUGAAGCCUAAGGACUAA